CCGGCGCGGCGCGCGCGGGCUGGGACCGGGAUCGGGACCCGGGAUCGGGAUCGGGAUCGGGACCCGGCAUUGGGAUCCGUGAGGAGAUGAGGAGGAGCCUGGCCCCCAGCCAGCUGGCCAAGAGGAAGGCGGGCGAGGACGAGGAGGAAGAGGAGGAGGACUGGCACCCCCCGGCGGCUCGGAAGAGGCAGAAGGCCGGCGCUGAGACGGAGAGCGGGGAGUGUUACAGGUCGCCUUUCCGAAAACCCUUGGCCGCGCUGACCAACAGACCCCACUGCCUGGACAGCACUCAGCAUGAGGCUUUUAUCCGCAGCAUUUUGUCCAAACCCUUCAAAGUCCCCAUUCCAAAUUAUAAAGGGCCCCUGGGCUUGCGCGCGCUGGGGAUCAAACGGGCGGGACUGAGGAGUCCUCUCCAUGACCCCUUUGAGGAAGGAGCUCUGGUUCUGUAUGAGCCCCCGGUGCUGAGUGCCCAUGACCAGCUGAAAAUAGACAAGGACAAAGCACCUGUCCAUGUUGUGGUGGAUCCUGUCCUCAGCCGUGUUUUACGACCCCAUCAGAGAGAAGGAGUGAAAUUCCUGUGGGACUGCGUGACGAGCCGGCGGAUCCCCGGGAGCCACGGCUGCAUCAUGGCAGACGAAAUGGGGCUGGGCAAAACCCUGCAGUGCAUCACGCUCAUGUGGACGCUGCUCCGCCAGAGCCCGGACUGCAAGCCUGAAAUCGAGAAAGCCGUGGUGGUGUCUCCCUCCAGCCUGGUGAGGAACUGGUACAACGAGGUGGAGAAAUGGCUGGGAGGGAGGAUCCAGCCCCUGGCCAUCGAUGGAGGCUCCAAAGAAGAGAUUGACCGUAAACUAGUUGGCUUUAUGAACCAGCGUGGCCUGCGAGUGCCUUCCCCCAUCCUGAUCAUCUCCUACGAAACCUUCCGACUCCACGCCGAGGUGUUACAGAAGGGCAGCAUUGGGCUGGUCAUAUGUGAUGAGGGCCACAGACUGAAAAACUCUGAAAACCAAACGUACCAGGCUCUCAACAGCUUAAACACACCUCGACGAGUCCUUAUCUCGGGCACCCCCAUUCAGAACGACCUGCUUGAGUAUUUCAGCCUGGUGCACUUUGUCAAUUCGGGCAUCCUUGGUACUGCACAGGAAUUUAAAAGACAUUUUGAAAUGCCCAUCUUGAAAGGCAGAGAUGCGGAUGCAAGUGAAGCUGAGAGACACAAGGGAGAAGAGAGGCUUAAAGAGCUGAUCAGUAUUGUGAACAGAUGUUUAAUUCGAAGAACUUCAGACAUCCUGUCCAAAUAUCUGCCAGUGAAGAUUGAGCAGGUGGUCUGCUGCAGACUGACACCUCUGCAGGCUGAGCUGUACAAGAACUUCCUGAAGCAAGCCAAGCCAGUGGAGGAGCUGAAGGAGGGCAAAAUCAGUGUGUCAUCUCUUUCUUCCAUCACGUCCUUGAAGAAGCUCUGUAAUCACCCUGCUCUUAUCCAUGAUAAGUGUGUGGAAGAGGAAGAAGGAUUUAUGGGAGCCCUGGACUUGUUCCCUGCUGGCUACAGCACCAAAUCUGUGGAGCCCCAGCUUUCAGGAAAGAUGCUGGUUCUGGAUUACAUCCUUGCUGUCACCAAAAGCACCAGUAAUGACAAGGUGGUUUUAGUAUCGAACUACACUCAGACACUGGAUCUAUUUGAAAAGCUCUGCAGGAGCAGAAGGUAUUUAUAUGUCCGGCUGGACGGCACCAUGUCCAUCAAGAAGAGAGCAAAGAUUGUGGAGCGAUUCAACAGCCCCUCGAGCCCCGAGUUCAUCUUCAUGUUAAGCAGCAAAGCAGGUGGCUGUGGUUUGAACUUGAUUGGGGCCAACAGGCUGGUCAUGUUCGACCCCGACUGGAACCCGGCCAACGACGAGCAGGCCAUGGCUCGCGUGUGGCGGGACGGCCAGAAGAAGAUGUGCUACAUCUACCGACUGCUCUCGACAGGGACCAUAGAGGAGAAGAUAUUCCAACGCCAGACCCACAAGAAGGCCCUCAGCAGCUGUGUGGUGGAUGAAGAGCAGGACGUGGAAAGGCACUUCUCCCUUGGGGAGCUGAAGGAGCUUUUCACUCUGAAUGAGACCACCACCAGUGACACCCAUGACAAGAUCAAGUGCCGCCGCUGUGUGAAUGGGCACCAGGUACGGCCCCCUCCCGAAGGCUCCGACUGCACCUCGGACGUGUCCCAGUGGCACCACUGCGCGGAUAAGCGGGGGCUGCAGGACGCGGUGCUGAGGGCUGCGUGGGACGCCGCCGUCACCUUCACUUUCCAUCAUCACUCCCACGAGGAGCAGCGAGGGAUUCCCUAACAGGUUACUGUCCCCUGUGGGGGCAAGUUUUAAUCCCUUUCAAGGAAAGGGGCAAGUGGGUAGCUGUGCCUGCUGGACUGCUGUGUGGCUGUGGAACAGCAGAACAGCGUGGCUUCCGAGCGGCUGGAAGGGCCUUGGCAGUGUUCAAUCUGCUGCAACAGCAAGGAGUCCGUGGCUUUUUCUCUGCUGUUGUACUAUGUGCCUGAAAAACAGCCCUUUGGGUACUGGGAGUAACAGGACCUUGCAUGCUUGAUCUGACUUAGCACUGGUUCUCCUGCUGUUGGUGUCUGUGCCUGCGACUCGGCCAGGUUUAAGUUAGGUCUGGAGUUUUAUAGCGCUUGAUGUGCAGUCUUGUGUUUGGUUUGGUUUUUUUUUCCUUGACAGCUGUGGCUUACAGCUGCUGAUCAAAACUUGCAGGAUCCAUUUCUGCUGUGAAAUGUGAACCUGGCUGAUUACUUGGGAACAAUAGGAUUUGUACAAGGGGAAAAAAAUUUUAGCUUGUGUGUUGAACAUCUGACUGGAAGGGUCAUGCAGGCAGUAGAAAAUCAGGCUCUAUUAUGGUAACUCAUUUCUAAAACCACUUGCUUUGUUACGGGCAGGAUCCCCUGAUCUAGUAGAGUGUUUUAAUUGAGAUCACCUUACCAGCCAGUAAUAAAAUUCACACUUUAGUACAUUAUGGGUCUUAUUUAUAUUUUUUAUUGCAAAAAUGUUACAAAAGACCAAACUAUUUAAAACCUCUGUAAAAUGACUGCAGACACUGGAAAAGGGCAACAGGAUUGCAAAUAAACAGCAAGCUACUUGGUACAUAAAGAAUUUUUUUUUGGUAUAAAGUAAAAUUUUCCAAAUGGAAAA